AUGAGACAUUUUAAUAAAUACGAGGAUAGCUUGGUUGGACAAAGCGUUAGCUAUUAAUCCUAAGUAUGUAUUUUCUUUAAGUGAUAAAGGUAAAUUAAAAUCUUAGCAAAAUUUAAUAGGUACCUGUUUAAGAAAUUUAAAUUAAUAUGAGUAUGCAAUCUCUUGGUUGGAAAAAGCAUUAGCUACUAAUCCUUAACUCGUUAAUUCUCUAUUUGAAAAAGGUAGUUUAAGUUAUAUUUGCAUUAAUAGGUUAAUGUUUAAGAAAUUUAAAUCAAUAUGAGGAUGCAAUAAUUUGGUUGGACAAAUUAUUAACUACUAACCUUUAAGCAUAUUAAUGCUGUUUUUGAGAAAGGUAGGUUGAAUUUUUAACAAAUUUAUAGGUACUUGUUUAAGAAGUUUAAAUAAAUAUCAGGAUGCCAUCAUUUGGUUUGAUAAAGCAUUAGCGAUUGAUUCUAAGCAUGUUAAUUCCUUUAGUGAAUAAGGUUAAUUAAAAAUAUUACCUAAAUUUAUAGGUACAUGUUUAAGAAAUUUAAAUCAAUACUAAAAUGCAAUUAUAUGGUUGGACUAAGAAUUAAUUAAUGAUCCUAAGCAUGUAAAUUCCUUAAGUGAAAAGGUAGAUUAACUUAAAAGUAAAAUAAUAGGGGAAUGCCUAAGAUUAGUGAAAAAAUAUAAUUAAUCAAUUAAUUGUUGGAUUAAGCACUCUGCGUCAAUCCUUAUCAUAUUUUUUCACUUUAAUCUAAUGGUAUCAUAUCAUUUUAUAUUUAGGGGAUUGUUUAUCCUCAAUCUAAGUAAACUUAUAUUUAAGAGAUUUUGCAAAAGCUCUGAUUUAUUUUGAGAAAUCAUUACUGAUUAAUCCAAACGAUUAAUAUUCAAAAUAUUAAAAAGGUAUGUUAACUUAUAAAAUUAGAAUUUUGCGAGAAUCAAUUGUAUUAAUGA